AUGGAAUAUUCGAGUGCUCAUUCCGAAAGAGGAACGACCGUAACACAUGUGCACUCCAGUGCGAAGCCUGUUACGAGUACGGGUAGCGUGCAGCGAGGCACGCCGUCGCGAUCGACGCCGCUGACAACGCCAGUACCGCCAGCAGCGGUUGCUGCACACCAGCAAACGCUGACGGGCGUCACUUCUGGUCUAGGGAGCUCAACUCUGUCGCAUCCUGGUACACAACCGACGGCGGCGGUGACGGUGCAGGGCGUCAGCCCGGGGAGCCACCUGGGUGCGACGCAACGAGUUGCGGCUGCAGUUCAGGUCGGAUCGCCUGUGGUGCAUGUGGGCUCUGUCGGUUCAACGUCGACGGGAAAGUCACCUAUUACUGGAGAGAAACUUGUCGCAGCGUCGCUUGAUGCGCUGUCAGACUUGGGGCGAGAUGUCGCACCGCACGCAACCCCCACAGUACCUGCGGGUGGCGACCUCGACGCCCCCUGUGUCGUUAUUAAAAUCGGGACCAGCACCAUCAUGCGCUACGAUUCCGAAGGAGAGGCCGGAGAACUCGCGCUCUCGACCCUGGGCAAGCUGGUCGACUCCAUCGUUGCGUUGCGGCGGCUGAACCACAAUGUCGUGUUGGUCACAUCCGGGGCAGUUGGGGUCGGCUGUCGGGAGCUAGGUCUCCGGAAGCGCCCCGAUUCCCUUCGGACGAAACAGGCUAUGGCAGCUAUUGGACAGUGUAAGCUAAUGCGCGUUUACGAUGAUUUGUUUCGCUUCUCCGGUCAGACGAUUGCCCAAAUUCUCCUGACCAGGGAGAAUCUGAGCCAAAAGCACCAGUAUUUCAACGCUCGAAACACCAUGCGUGAGUUGCUGCGACUAGGUGUCGUUCCAAUCGUGAACGAAAACGAUACGGUGGCCACCGAGGAAUUGCGCUUUGGUGACAACGACCGCCUGAGCAGUCUAGUGGCCGGCAUGGUCGAGGCCAAGUGGCUGUUCCUCCUGACCGAUGUGGACAAACUGUAUACGGCGGAUCCGCGCCAGCAUCCUGGCGCUGAGCCUAUCGACAUCGUCCACGACAUGGAGCAGCUGCACGUGCGACUCUCAGCGAACGAGGAUGCCGUGUCGAGUGAACAGGAGCAACGCGCGGAAAGCGAUACCCAUGCUGCACACGGCCCCAAAUCUCAGCUUCAAGGUGGCCAGGUGCCGCGGGGUGGCACCCAGUGGGGCUCGGGCGGCAUGGCUACGAAGAUUGUUGCCGCGCAGCUUGCUACUGCGGCCGGUGUCCAUGUUUGUAUCAUGCACGGCCGUCGUCCAGAGGGUAUUCUGGAACGUGUUCUGGACAAGAAGGGCUCGUCGCGUAUCGGGACGGUGUUCUUGGCGUCACGCGAACCGAUUCGCGGCGGUCGCAAACGGUGGAUCGCUCACGGCCUUGCCCCGAAAGGCAAACUCUACGUUGACGACGGCGCUUGCCGAGCAGUGGCACGCCAUAACUCUCUGUUUGCUGCGGGCAUUCGUGAAGUUGACGGCGACUUUGAAGCGGAUACAGCGGUCUCUAUUGUUCGCCAGAGCGAUGGCCUCGAAGUGGGGCGCGGUCUCACGAAUUACUCAUCGGAUGAAAUCCGUCGCAUCAUUGGUCUGCACAGCAAGGAAAUUCGUCGGGUUCUCGGGUACCCUGGUCCAGACGAAGUCAUCCAUCGUGAUAAUCUUGUUGAUUUGCUGGGCACAAUCAGCAGCAGUGAUGCCGAUGAAACGGACUAG